GUCCAGGCGGCGCAGCCACCCGCGCGCGCUCGCUCACCCGCGCCCGGAGCUCGGCCCCCGGGGGCUGCGGGCCCGGCGGGCGCUCGGCGGCGCGACGGGCGAGCGGAGCGGGCGGCUCUGGACGCCCAGGGCCGGCCGAGCGGCUGCGCGCCCGGGCGCCGGGCUGGGUUGGGGACAAUCGCUGGGUGCUGGCGAGCCGAGCUGGCGGAUUGCAGCAGAAAAGCAAAGAUGUCACAGGGGAUCCUUUGCCUCUGGGACCCAUGAAGGUGAAGAUAAGACCUUCGGCUGGUUGGAACUAGCCUAAGACCGUCAGGCAGCCAUGGACCUGGCGUACAAACUGCUCAAUGGGACCCAACCUUGGCUCUCCUCUCCAUUCGACCUCAAUGGCUCCAUGGCCGCCGUCAACAUUUCGAACCAGACAGAGCCGUACUAUGACCUGACCAGCAAUGCAGUCCUCACCUUCAUCUAUUUUGUGGUCUGCAUCGUUGGGUUGUGUGGUAACACGCUAGUCAUUUAUGUCAUCCUCCGUCAUGCCAAGAUGAAGACCGUGACCAACAUUUACAUCCUCAACCUGGCCAUCGCAGAUGAGCUCUUCAUGCUGGGCCUGCCCUUCCUGGCCAUGCAGGUGGCUCUGGUCCACUGGCCCUUUGGCAAGGCCAUCUGCCGGGUGGUCAUGACGGUGGACGGCAUCAACCAGUUCACCAGCAUCUUCUGCUUGACGGUCAUGAGCGUUGACCGGUACCUGGCUGUGGUCCACCCCAUCAAGUCGGCCAAGUGGAGGAGACCCCGGACGGCCAAGAUGAUCAACGUGGCUGUGUGGGGGGUCUCUCUGCUGGUCAUCUUGCCUAUCAUGAUAUAUGCUGGCCUUCGGAGCAACCAGUGGGGAAGAAGCAGCUGCACCAUCAACUGGCCAGGCGAAUCUGGGGCCUGGUACACAGGGUUCAUCAUCUACGCCUUCAUCCUGGGGUUCCUGGUGCCCCUCACCAUCAUCUGUCUUUGCUACCUUUUCAUCAUCAUCAAGGUGAAGUCCUCUGGAAUCCGUGUGGGCUCCUCCAAGAGGAAAAAGUCUGAGAAGAAGGUCACCCGGAUGGUGUCCAUCGUGGUGGCUGUUUUCAUCUUCUGCUGGCUCCCCUUCUACAUCUUCAAUGUCUCCUCGGUCUCUGUGGCCAUCAGUCCCACCCCAGUCCUUAAGGGCAUGUUUGACUUUGUGGUGGUCCUCACCUACGCUAACAGCUGUGCCAACCCUAUCCUGUACGCCUUCUUGUCUGACAACUUCAAGAAGAGCUUCCAGAACGUCCUCUGCUUGGUCAAGGUGAGCGGCGCAGACGACGGGGAACGGAGUGACAGUAAGCAGGGCAAGUCCCGGCUGAAUGAGACCACGGAGACCCAGCGGACCCUCCUCAAUGGAGACCUCCAGACCAGUAUCUGAACUGCCUGAAAAAGCAAUCAGUCAGACGCCCAGCUCUGCUCACCAGCUGUGUGCUCCCCGCCCCCAGCCCCUUCCUUCCUCCCACCCAUCACCUGGCUUCUAGAAUAGGGAACUGCUCAGCAUGAGUCCAAUUCAGAGAACAGCGUUUGAGUCUGCUUGUCUGAGUGAAUGAUAAUGUGGUAAACUGAUUACCUCCCCCUUAAAGUGAACACCUCAAUGCAGGCAGACAACUCAGAGUCUGGAGAAGAGGCGACCACGCCCGGGUGUGAUCUUUAGAAACGCUGAAGCGCAACUAAAACAGAAAACCCUACCUGUGUGUUUGUGUGUUUAAAACCCAACAUGUAAUCUCGUGGUCUUACAUUUAUACUUGCAUAUCCCUAUCUCGUCCCUGUACAGUCGUGACCUACGUUUCCUGACUUCAUGUACACAAAUAGCAAGUUCAAAUGUGCAUAGUAUAGGUAGACGUUUAUUUCAAUAUGGUACCCGCAGAAAUGGACUUGCCAUGAAGCCAAUAAAGUUUCAGCUUCAGGGAUCUCUUGCUUGGGCAGUAUGUUCACAUGGCCAUGUGUUUUUG